AUGAGACGGGCCGGAGGAGACAACCUUCAGGGCGACGGCACGACGCCUCGGUCCGCGGCGGCCGGGCAGGCCAUGGUGGAGCUGCAGGCCAACGGGUCGGCGGCGGACGCGGGGGGCGCCAUGGUGGUGGGGCUCAGCCCGCUGAGCGAGACCCUGUGGCGGGACAGCAAGGCGCUCCGGCCGGGUGCCGGCCCCGCCGCGCUCAUCGGCGACGUGUCGGCCAGGCUCACGUGGAAGGACCUCUGCGUCACCGUGGCGCUCGGCCCCGGCAAGACGCAGACCGUGCUGGACGAGCUCACCGGGUACGCGGAGCCCGGCUCGCUCACCGCGCUCAUGGGCCCCUCGGGUUCCGGCAAGUCCACCCUGCUCGACGCCCUCGCCGGCCGCCUCGCCGCCAACGCCUUCCUCUCCGGCGACGUGCUCCUCAACGGCCGCAAGGCCAAGCUCUCUUUCGGCGCCGCGGCGUACGUGACGCAGGACGACAACCUGAUCGGGACGCUGACGGUGCGCGAGACGAUCGGCUACUCGGCGCUGCUGCGGCUGCCGGACAAGAUGCUGCGGGAGGACAAGCGCGCGCUGGUGGAGAGCACCAUCGUCGAGAUGGGGCUCCAGGACUGCGCCGACACCGUCAUCGGAAACUGGCACCUCCGCGGGGUCAGCGGCGGCGAGAAGCGCCGCGUCAGCAUCGCGCUCGAGCUCCUCAUGCGCCCGCGCCUCCUCUUCCUCGACGAGCCCACCAGCGGCCUCGACAGCUCCUCGGCGUUCUUCGUGACGCAGACGCUGCGGGGCCUGGCCAGGGACGGCAGGACAGUGAUUGCUUCCAUCCACCAGCCCAGCAGCGAGGUGUUCGAGCUCUUCGACAUGCUCUUCCUGCUGUCCGGGGGCAAAACCGUGUACUUCGGCCAAGCAUCGCAAGCAUGUGAGUUCUUUGCUCAAGGCGGUUUCCCUUGCCCGCCUCUGCGGAAUCCAUCGGACCAUUUCCUGAGGUGUGUCAACUCGGACUUCGACAAGGUGAAGGCCACCCUGAAAGGAUCAAUGAAAGCAAGGGCUGAGAGGUCCGACGAUCCCCUUGAUAGGAUGACUACAUCAGAAGCCAUCAGGAAAUUGGUUGCAUCCUACAGCAGGUCCCAAUACUACUACGCUGCAAGGGAGAAAGUUAAUGAUAUUUCGCGAAUGAAAGGAACUGUGCUGGAUUCAGGUGGCAGCCAGGCCAGCUUCCUGAUGCAGGCUUGCACCCUGACCAAGCGCUCGUUCAUCAACAUGUCACGGGACUUUGGGUAUUACUGGCUCAGGCUCCUGAUCUAUCUCCUGGUGACUGUUUGCAUCGGCACAAUCUACCUGGAUGUUGGCACUAAAUACACAUCCAUCCUGGCCAGAGCUUCCUGUUCUGCAUUCGUCUUUGGGUUCGUUACAUUCAUGUCCAUUGGAGGAUUCCCUUCUUUUGUUGAAGAAAUGAAGGUCUUCCAACGGGAACGGCUGAAUGGGCACUAUGGUGUCGCGGCAUUUGUCAUCAGUAACACCAUCUCAGCAACGCCAUUCCUGAUUCUAAUAUGCUUCUUGUCGGGAACUAUAUGCUACUUUAUGGUGCGCCUGCAUCCUGGUUUCGAACACUAUAUCUUCUUCGUCUUGAACCUGUACGCCAGUGUUACAGUGGUUGAAAGCUUAAUGAUGGCAAUUGCCAGUGUCAUUCCCAAUUUUCUCAUGGGUAUCAUCAUAGGGGCUGGAAUUCAGGGAAUAUUUAUGCUGGUCUCUGGCUACUUCAGACUUCCAUACGACAUCCCAAAGCCUUUUUGGAGAUACCCCAUGCAGUACAUCAGCUUCCAUUACUGGGCACUGCAGGGCCAGUGCCAGAACGACAUGAAGGGCCUCGUAUUCGACAACCAGUACCCAGAUCAACCCAAGAUCCCCGGGGACUUCAUCCUGAAGUACAUCUUCCAGAUCAACGUGGACCGGAACAAGUGGAUCGACUUGUCAGUCAUUUUCAGCAUGAUCUUCAUCUACCGCAUCCUCUUCUUCCUCAUGAUCAAGAUCAACGAGGAUGCGCUGCCGUGGAUCCGCGGCCACAUCGCGAGGAAGAGAAUGCAGAAGAAAGGCCCUAGUCCCACUUUCGGCAAGACGCCUUCGCUGAGAGGCUACGUUGUCGAUCCAGAGCUCGGUUCCAAUGAGGGCUAG